AUGAGCGCCCGCGAAGAAACUGUCCUGGCUCCCAUCGAUCCCUCGCUCACCGACGAGAAUGAUUGGUGGGAGUUCGACCUGUCCGAGGUCAAGGUCCUGCGGCCCGGCAAGAUGCUGUACGCGAAUUUGCUAGAUGCUUCAGAUCAGAACCCAGUGCAGGUUAUUGGCUGCCUGGAGCAGCUCAGGAAGGAGCAGGAGCAUCUAGUGCUCGACCCCGACAACGUCUCCAGGCGCAUGAUCAUUGACGACGUGACUCACUAUGCAUACGGCCAGACUGAGGAUAGCAGCGUCGAGAUCUGGGUUGCUGGAAAGGCUGGCUGGUACCGCAUCGCCCCAGCCAAGGGUUACCUGCCUACCUUCACUCGCAUGGUCCAGGCCAUCGACAUGCUGUAUUUCCUGGUCGACAGACACCAGCAGGGCAGGAAACAGCUCAAUCCCUCCUUCCGCAACUUGUGCGAACAGUAUGUCUACCAUUCGCACGGGUCGUCCGAGACGCGGGAACAAUCGGCUGAAGCAUUCGCGGAACACGCAUCCUUCCUACUCCGCUGCAUGAUCAAAGGCGAGGAAGACAUCGAAUGGAAGAAAACAAACGUCUUCGUCCAUCUCCGCCGCCAGUUUAGCGAGGAAUACCAGCGCAUUAUGGCUCAGGCUUCGCCCGAGCCCGAGGAGACAGAGACCAGAGAUCAGCUCGAGGCAUCAACUCCGCGGCAUGAACCGGCUGCGGUUGCGAAAUCGCAAGCCGAUGCUAUCUACCAGCUGAUUAAAGACUUACGAGAAGAGGGUUACCUGGCGAAACGCCUCCUGCACCUGGAUCUUCUGACAGAGCGCCUGUCUAGCCGGCAUUCCUUCAGCAACGAGGAUGCGCGGAAGAUCAUCGCUGCCCGAGCAAGUGCAGUGGUCGAAAUGAUGGACGCCGAAGAUAAUUUCCGAUGGUCUCGCUAUGUCAUCCACCGAGAGCUCACUCAUGCCACUUCCAAAUACACACAUCUACCACCUGCACUCCUGACCCCGUUGCACCCCAUAGACGAUUCUAGCGAUGACGAAAACCUGGGUCGCGUCCAAACCUCUGUCCUCCGGCCUAAAACAACCUCGAAGUCUAGCAAAGUAAUGGGGAAACGACACCGCAAUACCGUUGUCAAUCAGAAAAUGGAGGAAUCCGAGAAAGAUGACGAUGAUGAUGAUGACGAGGACAUCCAAGACGCAGUCGAGGAUCUCGACACUCCCAGCAAGACCAGAGGCCAUGAGCUGAUCCGAGACCCGUUCUCAUCUGCAAAGCCUCCCGCCAGCUCAAUCCUUCCUGACUCCGAACCCUCUUCACUAAUGAAGAAUCUGCUCCAAGAGACUUUGCAGACACAGACCCCAGCACUUUCCAGUACGAAUCACGAUGUAUCCGAUAUAAGUACGAAUCACGAUGUAUCAGAUAUCGAACCCAUGCAUACCGAAGACUCCAAUUCCUUGUCGGGUCCCUGGACAUGUCGCAUGCCUGGCUGCACAAAGGUCAUAGUCCUGAGCGAUGGGAAGCAGCGGCAGACACUGAUUGAGGAACAUGCCCUGGAGCAUGACUGGGAGACACAGAUGCGGGUUGAGCUGGUCGAGUCCGAAAGGCGCAUGCACUCCACCCUUCCCGUGAGCAACCUGAUGCAGUAUCUGGUGUCUCAACACUAUCAACAAAUGCGCACGGCAUUUCCCGAGCUUCAUGCUGCAAAGAAUGGAAACGGGGCAACAGACCACCCCGACAUCUCCUUCGAUGACAAGUCAGCCUUGACGCCCAUCAGGCAGCGGUUGGCAGAGAAAAUACAAUCGCCGGUCACUGGGACUGGCGACAAGGCGUGA